AAGUCCUAAAAUGCUGGACAUCUAGAGGAGCGGACAUCUGUGAUCCUACUCUCUUACUACAGGAAACUUAAAAUGCCGAGAUUUCAAAGAUUUGCUCCCAGCCCAUGCAGCCCAGUCCGUGAGCACUAUUUUGGCAGACUCGGCUUUAUUUAGACUUCUCUUACCCCCUCUAGUGUUGGCAAAGCAUACAUGUCUGCUUAGCCAGUUACCUCACUGAACAAGAGCUGGGCUAAGUCCUGCCCAUCUAUGACAUCACCCCCUUCUUCAACCACUGCGAGGUGAAGCUUUAACUUCAGACUUGGAGGUGGGCUGUGUGCACGAAACUGGAAUGCUUUCCCUCUCUCACUCCUGCUUGGUCUAAAAGUGCUCUGAAACAGGACAAGCUCGCUGGCUACUGCAGCUGCUGUUGGCUUUGUGUGUUCUGGACCUGCCGAGGAAGGGGGUUGAUUAUUUCAGUUAACAAUCAGUGGAAUUACAGCUGGAGCUGGGCAUUGUAUAUAGGAUUUCCUUUUUUCUUCAGCUUUCUGGUUAAUUAAUUGACCGAGGAUUUUUUAGAAGACAUAUUUGGAAGAAAUAUAGCUUGUUCUCUUUUUUAUUUAUCCAGAAGAACAUCUAAAUUUCAUUUUCUUUCUUGUCUCAAAAAAGAAAAUCUAUGCUUCUGUGACAAGACGAAAUACUCCAUCAGAAAUUUAGAAAAAUUACAAAAAAGCAAAAACUGGAAAUAGCUAUUUCACUGCAGGUAUGCAGACCUCAGGAUAUAGCUACUCAACAAAGUUUAUACUUGGGUAACUUUAUACAGGAAGAGAAUUUGGGGGGGCAACUGCCUGAAAAACCUAUUAUUAUAUAGGCCUUAACAUCAUGAAUGGUUUUCUUCAUGUGGAUCUGAAAUCACUAUCUCUGACACUACACAGAAGAGGAUAUAAGAAUUUCAAAGAAAGCAACUUCCAUUAAGGCAUUAAACUAUACAAAAGAAACUCUUGACACAGAGAUUCUAUUUGAAGGGGAAAAAACAUAUAGGAAGCCAUGUAUUGCACAUAGUAACAGGAAGCUGAAUUGUUUCCAUCCUACAAUCUAAUGCACUUGUCGACCAUGAUGAACAACUGCUGGAAUGUUCACUGAGAACAGUGAGCCUUGUCAGGAGGUAUAUGCUGCAGAGCACCCUUCAAAUAAACAGUCAAGAAGCAACUUCAUGGACUGAACAAGAAAAGCCUUCUCCAGGAAACCAAUUUAUGCCACUGGAUCCCUGUCAGCACAGAUUUUACUUAAAUCUCUAAAUAAGGGCACUGAAAUCAAGAGAAAAGGAUUUCUGUGAAGACUUCAACACUGCUGACCAUGAUCAAUCCAACCUGGAGCAUCUUUCUAAUUUGGACUAAAAUAGGGCUAUUCCUUAAAAUAGCACCCCAAUCAGUCAUGGCCAAAUCCUGCCCUUCUGUGUGUCGCUGUGAUGCAGGAUUCAUUUAUUGUAAUGAUCGUGAGCUAACAUCCAUUCCUACAGGAAUCCCAGAGGAUGCUACAACCCUCUACCUUCAGAACAAUCAAAUAAAUAAUGCAGGGAUUCCUUCAGAGCUAAAAAACUUACUAAAAGUAGAAAGAAUAUACUUAUACCACAACAGUUUAGAUGAGUUUCCAACUAACCUCCCAAAAUAUGUUAAAGAAUUACAUUUACAAGAAAACAAUAUAAGGACCAUUACUUAUGAUUCACUGUCAAAAAUUCCUUAUCUAGAAGAACUGCAUUUGGAUGAUAACUCUGUUUCAGCUGUUAGCAUUGAAGAUGGAGCCUUCCGGGAUAACAACUAUCUCAGACUGCUUUUUCUAUCCCGGAAUCACCUUAGCACCAUUCCCUGGGGUUUACCUAGGACUAUAGAAGAAUUGCGCUUAGAUGAUAAUCGGAUAUCCACAAUUUCAUCACCAUCUCUUCAAGAUCUUACUAGCUUAAAACGGCUGGUUUUAGAUGGAAAUCUAUUAAAUAACCAUGGAUUAGGAGACAAAGUCUUCAUGAAUCUCGUCAAUUUAACAGAAUUGUCAUUGGUUCGAAAUUCCCUUACUGCCGCACCAGUAAAUUUGCCAGGAACAAACCUGAGAAAGCUUUAUCUUCAAGAAAACCACAUCAAUCGGGUGCCACCAAAUGCUUUUUCUUAUCUUAGGCAAUUGUACCGAUUAGAUAUGUCCAAUAAUAACCUAAGUAACUUACCUCAGGGCAUCUUUGAUGAUCUGGAUAACAUAACUCAAUUGUUUCUUCGAAACAACCCAUGGUACUGUGGUUGCAAAAUGAAAUGGGUACGAGACUGGUUACAGUCUUUACCAGUGAAAGUUAAUGUCCGUGGUCUUAUGUGCCAAGCACCAGAAAAAGUUCGUGGAAUGGCUAUAAAGGACCUCAACACAGAACUAUUUGAUUGUAAAGACAGUGGGAUUGUAAGCACCAUUCAGAUAACUACUGCAACCCCCAACACACUAUAUCCUGCUCAAGGACAGAGGCCAGUUUCAGUGACCAAACAACCUGACAUAAAGAAUUCCAAACUCAAUAAGGACUAUCGUACCACAGUGAGUCCAGUGAGGAAAAUUAUUACAAUUACUGUGAAAUCUGUAAGCACUGAGACUAUUCGUAUUUCUUGGAAACUUGCACUACCAAUGACUGCUUUAAGACUCAGUUGGCUCAAACUGGGUCACAGUCCUGCAUUUGGAUCUAUAACUGAAACAAUAGUCACGGGAGAUAGGAAUGAAUACUUAGUCACAGCCCUCGAGCCAGAUUCACCAUAUCGAGUAUGCAUGGUUCCCAUGGAAACCAGUAAUCUCUAUCUCUCUGAUGAAACCCCAGUUUGUAUAGAAACUGAAACUGCACCCCUAAAAAUGUACAAUCCCACAACAACCCUCAACAGAGAACAAGAGAAAGAACCUUACAAAAAUUCCAAUCUACCUUUGGCUGCCAUUAUCGGGGGUGCUGUGGCACUAGUGGCCAUUGCAUUGCUUGCUUUGGUGUGCUGGUAUGUGCACAGAAAUGGAUCCCUCUUCUCAAGGAACUGUGCUUAUAGUAAAGGGAGGAGGAGAAAAGAUGACUAUGCUGAAGCUGGAACUAAGAAGGACAACUCCAUCCUGGAAAUCAGGGAGACUUCUUUUCAGAUGUUACCAAUAAACAAUGAACCAAUAUCUAAGGAGGAGUUUGUAAUACACACCAUAUUUCCACCUAAUGGAAUAAAUCUGUAUAAAAGUAACCACAGUGAAAGCAGUAGUAACAGAAGCUACAGAGACAGUGGUAUUCCAGAUUCUGAUCAUUCCCAUUCAUGAUACUGAGAAACUCAAUAGACUUUAUUUUGGUUUUUUUUUUUAAACCCAAGGGAGGUGACUGUGGGUACCUGUUCUACUGCUAAACACUGGAUUAAAGACUGAAAAAAAGCAAUGUACUGUACAUUUGCCAUAUAAUUUAUAUUUAAGAACUUUUUAUUAAAAGUUUCAAAUUUCAGGUUACUGCUGCGAUUAAUGUAGUGGAGAUACCUGACCACAAUUCUAUAUUUUAGUAUUUUUUAGUAAUUUGUACUGUAUUUUCCUUGCAAAUAUUGAAGUUACAAACCAUUUACUUUUGUGUUCUACUGAGUAAUAUGACUUGUUGACUGUGAAAGUGAAUUUUCUUGCUGUGUUGAACAAUCAGGACUUUGCAUUCACUUGAGAUCCUUGUAGUAUAAGCACAGGCCAUUUUCCACUUUGGUAUUAAUAAAACAUAAAAACUGGCUGAUUGAGAAAAAAUAUAAUUGCAAACAUUCACAAAACAAUGUGCAGGCUAUCAAAUAUGUACACCCCAAUGCAACUCAAUAAACAGAAGUUUGUGAAGUAAUGGGCAAUAUCAACUUUCUGAAUAUCACCAUUUGAUCUCUAAGCAAAUGACAUCCCCCUUUAAAAAAAAAGACAGAAAGUAUUCCUUCUAUACACGAAUGAAAUUGAUUGCAUGAAAGCAAGACUUUGAAGCCUAUUAAUUAAAUGAAAUACUUAAUAAGGCUUCAAAACACCACCACAUACCAAAAUAUAACUGGUCUUCCAAUUAUGAGAAAAUAUAUUUAGGAAAUUCAAAAGAGCUAUCUUGCACGAAAUAAUCACUAAUAUCAGAACUGCAGUUUGGUUUUAUAUACACUACCAUUCUGUUUUUUGCAAAAGUGAAUUUUAAACACAUAAUUUAUAAUUCUCUAUAAGCUGUUAUUCUGAAAGGGACACCAAUGCUGAUAUCCUAGCCUAAUAAACAAUAAGAGGUAGAGUUAUAUAAUAAGCAUUUCCCUUGACAAUCCAGAUUAAGUAGUACUUAAUUUAAGUAAGUGUGAAUUUUAAAAAUGAAUAUUAGAUCUCAAAUUUAGUUCUGGUAUCUAUGAGAUGUUUUCACACUGUACAUAAAUAUGCUCAAUUUGUUUUCACUAUGAUCAAGAAUACUGCCCAUUACUAUCACAGUUUUCUAGAAAUUACAUGAUAAACUUGUAACAUUUAUUUCUAGCUGCCUACUGAAUUGUGAGCUAUUUCUUGUUUAAAAACCAAGCCACCCUUCUGUUACCAUGAUUGUUUUGUUUUGUUUUGUUUUUUUAAUUUUUCAACUAAAAACCAAAGUGCAUUGUACGCCCUUUGGCCAGUCUUGUAUGUGCCUUGAUCCAACGCUACAUGUAUUCAGCUUUUAAAACUCGACAAAUUUUUCAUACACCCUUAACUAUGAAAAAUAUUGGUCUUAAUGCUGAAUAAAAUUUAAAAAAAUAAGGACAGAACAA